GACAUGGCCAUGUCUUACUGUCUAACUGCCUGGUAAAUCUGGAUGGAGAAAUAAAGGAAUAACACUGUACCAAGAUUCCUGGAUCCUGAUUUGCACCAAACAAAAAUAAACAAACAAGAGAUUUCAACAAACAACCCAAAUGGGUGAAGAAAACAUGAGGAAGAGAAACAUCAAGGACACCAGAGAAGAGGAUGGACAGUCUGUCCAGAGUGAUGAGCCCCAAACCACGAACCUACAGAAACAGGUGGGCCUGAUCAGUGGAAUCUGUAUGAUUGUUGGUACAAUUAUUGGCUCAGGUAUCUUUAUUUCUCCAAAAUCAGUACUUGCCAAUGUCGGAAGCGUGGGUCCUUGUUUAACCAUUUGGGCAGCCUGUGGAGUUAUUGCAACAUUAGGUGCGCUUUGUUUUGCUGAGCUUGGUACAAUGAUCACAAAAUCCGGAGCAGAAUAUCCUUACCUUAUGGAGGCAUUUGGCCCAAUUCCAGCAUACCUCUUCUCUUGGACAAGCUUACUUGUCACAAAACCCAGCUCUUUUGCAAUCAUUUGUCUCAGCUUUGCGGAAUAUGCAUCAGCUCCUUUUUACCCUGGCUGUGAUCCACCCCAAGUUGUCAUCAAAUGCCUUGCAGCAGCUGCCAUUGUGGUAAUUACAAUAGUGAAUUCAUUGAGUGUGAAGCUGGGAAGCUAUCUUCAGAAUUUUCUCACAGCUGCUAAAAUGAUCAUUGUCACAGUCAUUAUUGUAAGUGGAAUUGUUCUUCUUGCACAAGGAAAAACUGACAAUUUUAAAGACUCUUUCAAGGACAGUAAAAUUUCUAUAAGUUCUCUCUCUCUGGCAUUUUAUAACGGACUCUGGGCAUACGAUGGAUGGAAUCAACUUAAUUACAUCACAGAAGAACUUAAAGACCCUUACAGAAAUCUUCCACUAUCUAUAAUUAUUGGGAUCCCCUUGGUUACAGUUUGUUAUGUUCUGAUCAACAUUUCCUAUUUCACCGUUAUGACUUCAACAGAGCUCCUGCAGUCCCAGGCAGUUGCUGUGACAUUUGGGGACAGAGUCCUUUACCCAGCUUCCUGGAUAGUUCCUCUCUUUGUUGCCUUGUCUACAAUUGGAUCAGCCAAUGGAACCUGUUUUACUGCAGGCAGACUUGUUUAUGUAGCAGGUCGUGAAGGGCACAUGCUCAAGGUGCUGUCUUACAUUAGUGUUAAGCGUUUAACACCAGCACCUGCUAUCAUAUUUUAUGGGGCCAUUGCUAUUAUUUAUAUUAUCCCUGGUGACAUUGAAACUCUCAUAAACUAUUUUAGUUUUGCGGUCUGGAUAUUUUAUGGCUUAACCAUAUUUGCACUCAUUGUUAUGAGGUUUACAAGAAAAGAACUCAAAAGACCAAUCAGGAUACCCAUUGUCAUUCCGGUCAUAGUGACAUUAAUCUCUCUUUUACUGGUAUUGGCACCAAUCAUUAGUGCACCUGAAUGGGCAUACUUAUACUGUGUUUUAUUUAUGCUCAGUGGACUUAUAUUUUAUGUACUUUUUGUUCACUUUAAAUUCCACUGGGCUCAAAAAAUAACAAAACCUGUCACUAUGCACCUUCAGAUGCUUUUGGAAGUUGUUCCAGCAGAGGAAGUUACUGAAUAAAAUAUUUUGAUAUG